AUGGGCGCCACAUUCUCAGUCAACGAUCCUCACUACGUGUCAUACCCCAGAGAAAUAGCCGAGCAAGAAUAUCGUAAUUCGGAAGAACGUGCUCGUCCAUCGAAAAAUGGCCUUCCCAAAUAUGACAUGCCCGACAACAUUUCAGACUUGGAACGUUUGGAAACUCAACACUACCUAAUGAGAUAUCUCUGGCAAAGCAAUUUCGAAGCCCCAGUCGACGAAGUCUUGAAAUCCUCUGAUGCAAAGGUUCUCGAUGUCGGGUGUGGACAUGGUACCUGGAUAUUUGAAUUGGCUCAAGAAUAUCCAAACGCACAGUUUACGGGUAUCGAUACCGAAUCGUUCUUACCCAAGAGGGAAGCAUCUGACAACGUCAAUUUUCUCGAACAUGAUUUGCUACAUGGAUUGCCAUUCUCCGACAACACUUUUGAUUUCGUACACAUGCGGUUCUUGACUCAAUACAUCUCGGAAAAGACUUGGGAGGACGUCAUUGUCAAAGAGUUGGUUCGAGUGGCCAAACCUGGUGGAUGGAUCGAAAUCGUCGAGUUUGAUUAUCCUCAUUAUAGUGCUGGUCCCAAGACACGUAAAUUCACUAAAGCUGCUAUGGAAUUCCUUGCUUCAAAGGGCUUCAACGGCUUGUUAAGUCUCAAACUUCCAUCAUUCCUCAAGGCCACAGACCAAGUAGAUGAAAUUCGCAAACACGACAAAUCAAUUGCACUUGGCAAGUGGGCUGGUAAAGUCGGUGAAUUUGCUAUUCAAGACAUGGCAUUAUUGGUUACAGAAUUACGUGGUGAAUUGUCAUCGUUCAUGAAUAUCUCUGAAGCUGAAUAUGAUCAAUUGUUGGAGAGUUACAAAGAAGAAGUAGAAAAAUACAGGACCUUCUUUAAAACGCACAGAUUCUUUACGCAAAAGAAGGAUGCAAGUAAAUUAGAAAAGUGA